AUGACUAAGAUCACGGAACUCUUCUUCGAUUGCGACAACACUCUGGUCCUCUCAGAGGAGCUGGCCUUCGAGGCUUGCGCCGACCUGGCCAAUGAGAUUUUGGAGGCGAACAACCUCCCAGACCGUUACACCGGCGACCAGCUCAUCAAAGACUUUGUCGGCCAGAACUUCCGCGGCAUGAUGGUCUCCCUACAGAAGAAGUACGACUUCGAGAUCGAUGCGGAGAAGCUGGAAGGAUACGUCACAAAGGAAGAGGACAAAGUCAUUGCCAAGCUGGAGGCCAAGGCCAAGCCCUGUAUCGGUGCCAGCGAGGAGCUGGAGAAGGUUUACGCGUCGAAGAAGUACGGUCUUGCGGUCGUCUCCUCUUCCGCUUUGCGCCGCGUGCUCGCUUCCAUCAGGAAGGUCGGUCAGGACAAGUACUUUGACGAGAACAAGGUCUUCAGCGCUGCCAGCUCUCUGCCAAAGCCUACGUCCAAGCCCGACCCCGCUAUCUACCUGUAUGCUCUCGAGCAGGUUGGCAAGACUGCUGCCGAGACUGUUGCCAUCGAGGACAGCAAGUCUGGCGCUCUUUCCGCGGUUCGUGCCGGUAUUCCCGUUAUUGCCUAUGUUGGCAGCUACAAUGGCGAAGAGACGCAGAAGGAGAUGGCUAAGGCCCUGACUGACCUUGGUGCAAAGACCGUCAUGUAUAAUUGGUCUGAGUUUGAGGAUUGUCUGAAGGAAAUCGAGAAUGGUGGCUCCGUCGAUGUUCAGUCAAGCCUUUAA